AUGAUAGAAAAGGAACCAGUGAUGUGUGACUGGACCGAGGAAGAAAUUCUACGAUACUUUACAUCCGCCGGAACAGAGGGAGAAGGGGAGGGAUUCGAGGGUGCAUCGUCUUCGAAUCUUAAAUUCCACGAGGAGGCUUCUUCGAGACAGUUCGCGGAAUACGACGAGGACAUCACAGGGAUAUUGAUCGCGGACAGCUUUGUCUCUGUUCUGUUGACAUGUCGCGCGGAGCACAAGAACUACGCGACGGUGUUUUAUGAUCAGUCAGCAGUUAGUUGCACUCUAUCGAUGCCCGAAGAUCUUCGAGUCAGCAUAUCGAGAAGAGGUCAUUACAAAGUUUCGAUGGCGGACGGAGUUAAUCUGAAGGAACGGAAACUGAGGCCAACAAAUUUUGACAGAAGAGAUUUAAUACGGAGUACCUACUCGAUACCGUACGACUGGCUAUUUCCAUUCGGAAAAAAUGGCGAUGGAAUUUGGGAGAAUACUAAUGAUCUUCCGUUGAUGACCGAUGAAAUGAUUGUUCCAAAAUUAUUGAAUGUACGCGUUUUAUACAGCUUCAAAGAACCAAGUGGGAACGCAGUGAUCGAUAUCCAACGAGCACUCGGACGCUAUUGGAUGUCCGUUAGUGAAUUAAUGCUCUUUUUACGAAACUAUUGCCAGAUGUUCCAAUUAAAUUACUAG